UUGAAUUCUAAAUAGGAUUUAGGCUCUAGGAAACUCGUUGUGGCAUGUAAUCGUGCCUACUUUACAACUUUGUAGAGAAUACGAAGAGAAGAUGUUGAGACCCCGUCCUGGUCGUGAAUGUUACCUUCGCCAAAUAUUUCGUCUUCAAUCACAGAUGCAAUAUAUCAACGAUGUAUUCCACACUCUUCAAUCAUACUGUCUAACUAUAGAACUUGGAAAACAAUUCAAUAUUUCAGAGUCCAUCCGUCUUUUGAACUUUCUUUAUAGUCAUCUCAUAAUGGAGGCUUCCGUAUAUGGACUGAAUGAUCCCAAGUCUCAAGUGUUCUUGAAAAUCUUCUUGGAUUGUCUAGUUCCUGUUUCGGAAAUUGUUGAUGGUCUAUUGAGUAGAAGUUUAUCUUCAGUGAGUUCGUAUAUCAUCGGCUCUGGAAGGGAAUGUUAUACUCUCAGGGAUUUGAAAAUAUUUGAAGCCAUAUCUUCUCGAAUGGAUGCCGUAUUGAAUGAAUAUAUGAUUUUAUGUGCUUUAACUAAACCUAAAUUGCUUGAUCCCAAAGGAAAACCAUUGCAUGAGCUAUUCAAUGAAACUACAACCUUUCAUAUGUCUUUCAAUAGCCUGAUUUUAUUUUCCUAUAAAUGGCGUGAAACAAUCAUCAACUGGUCAACGACAACUCUUCUAGAAUUUCAGCAACACAAUAUGCAUACCAUUCUUGAAUCGCGCAACGUUUUGGAAAGUUUAGAUUCUCUACACCACGCAAUAUUUGGAGGACUAGACGAUGGUUCCUUCAACAGCAGCACUAAUUCUAACAAACUUUUGCAACAUAUGAAUUCCUGUCAUCUUUUAGGAACGUGUAAUUAUGAAACCUUUGAAAAAAUGUUGCGGUUUUCCCAGCUCAUAAAGAUCAGUGCAUUCAUUUUGGGAAGGAUGCGAAGGAAGUUGGUCAGUCGAUUGGAAAUGCGUACAGCAUUUGAGAUGCAACAUUUCCUCAAUGUGCUCUUAGACUUUCUACAAAAAGGCCAGUUUAUGUGGUUUCAAAAGACACGACAAAAAUUAUCGUCAGCAUUCAACUUGAACCAGUUUCAUCAUCUCUUAAACGAACACCAUACCAUUUGCAGUUCCUACUUGUUUUGUCGACAAAAAGAAAAGCCUAUACAUGAUGUCAUUUUAAUGGCUCUUCAAAAAAUCACACAGUUUGUGAAAUACUGUCGCAGACUACCACCUCAGAGAAGAACAUAUAGAGACAUUCAAAAACAGGAGCUUGCAAUCCUCCAAGCUUAUCAAAAGUCCUGCAACAUGUUGUGUACUGUUCUGAGCUUUAAAAGAAAUGAAAGUGACAUCGAUCCUUUACUAGUAGAAAAUAUGCGACAAUUACUACUUAGGUGUAACUAUUCUGAGUAUUACUACCAAGAAUGAGGCUUUUUGGCGACUGAUAUCAACAAG